CGCGCCCCCCGACUAUGCCAGCACCUUCUCAGCCUUGGCUGACAACCACAUAAGCCAUAACUCCAGCCUGGGCUACCUGGGCAGUGUGGAGAGCAAGCCCGCCUACCCCGUCCCUCCCCAGGUGACUCCAUCCAGGUACUCGCCCAUCCCUCGACACAUGCUCGGGGACGAGGACUUCACCAGGUGAGUACCGGCCACGGGCAUCCCUACACCCAGCUCCUUCCUCACCAUCUGUCUCUGGUUUAUUGACCUCACCCCGUCGGUUCUGGGUGUAGAGCCACCUCAGCCGUGGCCAAAGGCGUCCCUGUGAGUGCUCAGUGCCUGUCCUGCUCAUUUGCAGCCCUGCGAAGCCCAAGGUCCCCUCUAGCAGGCUUGUUCCUCCUGAGAUCAAUCAGGCAGCAACUGCCCCCAUGGUCUGCUGCCCCCCAGCUCUCUGCGGCGCCCCAUUCUCUCCAUUCCCUUUCCUGCUCCUCCUUGAGCGUUCCUGAGCCUCUGGUAGGCCUGCCAGAGCUUGAGCUUUGUCCUUUCCCUUGUUUCAUUCAUUUACGAUACCAUGAACGCAAGUUGCUCUCUGCUCUUACGGUGAAAUCCAGUGCAAGCAGCACCGCGGGCUCCUGCGCCAAGCUCAGUUUUAAACGUAGGAAACAAAAGGCAGACAUUGCUUUUCUUUAAGAGAAGCAAAAAGGAGACAGUACUCUCAGUGAGUUUAAGUGCUUGUAGAACUUUGUGAUGUCUCCUACUGAGGAUACGAGAGCGAGACCUUGCCUUUCCUUUACAGCUUUUCCCAUGCUUUCACCCUGUAGCAGCUGUGGGGCGGGCGUUGAGCCCGUUCUUGGGUUUGGUAUCCUCAAGGCCGGGGCUGGAUUUAGGGCUCAGGCUGUGUUCUUAGGACUGAUAUUCAAGGUAGGAUUAGGAUUGGCUCUGCAGUUACGGCUGAGGUUGCAGGCUGGUUUUAGAGUUGCGUUUGCAGUGAAAGAUGUCAGAGUCCCAUUUUUGGCUGGGCUUGUCCAGUUCUCUCAGAAGUCAGAGGAGGAGAAGCGGACCUGUCCUCAGGCAUCAGUGCUGCCUUGCUGCACAGGGCUGAUCCCCAGAAGCAGCCGCAGCAGCCGGCCGGGAGGCACCAGGGUGCGAGAGCCGGCGUUACCUUGUUGUGUGACGGCUCCUGCUUGCGCGGAGCCUCCAGCUCCCUGGGGUGGGCUUUGUUUGCACGCGUGGGUGGCGUUGCAGUGACAGCGGCAGGCAAACUGUCCUCCUCGGAGAACAUCAGCGAUCAUAUUCACCGUAUUGAUUUCUAGCUUUUCGGCGCUCAGCUGAGGCCAGGGCCCUGCUGCGCACCGUGACCUUUGCAGCGCUUGCCUCCAUCUGGGUCCUCUCUCUCCCACCGGGGUGGCAGUGUCCAAGAUGCAGGCUCUGCAGCCUGUUCCCCGCGUUCAUUCCUCUCCGUGUGCAGCAAUUGUCGUGUUGUCAGGGCACUGGGGGGAGCAUGCCAUACUACAGGAUUUAUGCUUUUUUCAUCGAUUCCCACUGCUCUGAAAACGCCCCAUCUGUCCCUCUGCCAGAGACCCCAAUCCCACCGAGCCCCUGCGUUGCCCCUUCAUACACGUGCUGACGUUAGUUGUGGGCCAGGCAGCAGCAAGAGCAGUCUCUAAGUCCGGGCUGGCCAGGAUGUCAUCCGGCAGCGGUGGCUCGGCGGUGGCCCCCAUGCAGCACGUGCCGGUGGCCGCUAGAGGAUGGUGCUGCCUUGCAGAGCGCCUGCUGCAGACAGGCCGGCACCGCUCAGACCCUGUGUGGCCUGGGGCCGCCUGCUGUCCCCAGGCACAGCCCACGGUCUCCCAGCGGGAUUUGCAGUUUUUCAGCGGUGCUGCGGGCUCAGCGCCUCCCUCACACAUCCCAGGAGCAAGGGGAGAGCAGUGCUGAGCCCUUGCAGGCAUCACCCAUCCCUGGGACAGCUUCACCGUCAGGGGUCUGCCGGCUUGUGCAUCAGCCAGACCACACACUGGGACCAGUGUGCUCCAAAUGCAUUUUACUGUUGUGGGCAAAGGCAGUGCCUCCCCCAUAAAGCAGCUGAAUCCCAGGAGACUCCUGUCAGCAGCCAUGGCCCAGAUCCAGUAUCAAGUCUGUUCCCCACUGUGGACGCGGACAUGGCUCCCGUGGUCCUGCUGGCCUGCAGUACCCAGGCCUGGACCAGAGUGUCUGUUUUCCCGUGGGCCACACCACAGCUGUGAAGGACCGCACUGCUUUCGCUUCAUGCUAAGGUUGAGGUGUUAAUGCCGCAACAUCCAGCUUGGGUCUGAGCAGGGAUCACAUCCUGCCUCCCAGGAUGAAAACUGAUGAGUGGACUCUGUAUCACGACUGAGACCUGCAAUGAGACUUCCCUAGUUGGGGCUCCUCUCCCUCUUGGUUCUUGUGGUGUCUCUCUACCUUCCACCAAGCCACUUUGUCCUCCUCCAUGCCAGCAACUGGUUCCUAGACUGCCUGGGCUGCUGGGCUAAGGUGGAGCAGCAGUUCCUGUGCUUUGCUUGGGAGGCAGCAAAAACCAAGGGGUGUAGCAAGUUCAUCAUCUGUGCCUGGUUAAGAGCAAGGUUGGCAGACCCAGAAAUCUGACCUACUUCUUCCCCUGUAGGAGCUCUAGCCCCAGGCUUGGAUUUACUGCAGAGGGACCAACGGCUGCAGUCUUCCCUGCACCCUCACACCUGCCCCAGAUAUUCUCCCUCACCCGCAUGGCCCCGCAGCCUCCCCCAGCACUGCUCUUGUCAACUGAGUACCAGCAUUUGGCUCUGCGAGGCCAAGAGCUUUUCACUGCUGACAGGCUCACGGUGCUGGGUUCAGGGUAGAUCACGGUUCUGCAGACCAGGUGUGUCCUACUAACAAGAGAGCGCUUGGACUGGGAGAUGCCAUUCCCAGGUAAUGGCAAAAACAGCUUUUCCCUCCAAAGCUGGUGAACAGGGAACAAGACAAGACUGUUAGCACAAGGCAGUAUCUGCCCGCAGCCUCCAACAAACCCGCUGAGACGUGGCUCUGUGCCUCAGUUUCCAGCCCUGUAUAGGUAAUUCGGUGGUAGCUGUAGGCCUAGGGCAUGGCGACUUAGCAGCUCACUUAAGUGCCAGCAGGUCUCUCUAGGACUCGGGAUUGAACCUCAUUUGGACCAAAUGACCCCAGUGUAGGUGCUUUUGGGGUCUAGCAUUAGGAAACGUGCCACUCGCUGCUAGAAAGACCACCAAAGACCUCAGCUGCCCUGCUAAGCCCAGGAGACGUGGGCUGGACUUCAGCCCUCACUCCAGGUCCCUUCUGCUUGUCCAGCACACCCUGCCCCCAAGCCUUUUGGCCAGUGAAAGACUAAGCUGAGCAGCACGUUUCUCUCUAUCUGUAUUUUCUAGGGUAUAUUAAGGCAGAUUCAGCCCCUAAACACAUCAGGAAUGCGUAGCUGGCUUAGGUCAAAGUUAUGACUCUGCUGCAGCUCUGCUUUUAAGGAAAGGUGCUACAGCAACGCGUAGUGUGUCUGUGGAGCUGGAGGCAUGGAGAGCUGGGCUCUGGCAGCGUCUGAGAAUAUUGCAAGUGGGCACUGUGGAUUUUUCCCUGGCUUUUGCACUCCCUCUGGUUGGGACUGCUCUGGCUGUGCCUGCAAAGGCAGGAAGGAGUUAAGUCCGUAAGGUCUAGCAGAGUGAAGUGAGUGCUGAAGUCUGUGUCCUCUCAGUGCUUCCAUAAAAAAACUCAAGCAUGAGUUUGGGAAGCCGCGUGUCCUGCAGCAGCCCCAGGAGCGAGCAGGCAGAGAUAAACAGCGCGGCAAGGCCGCGGCGCAGAGCUGGGAGCAUUCAGAACAUUCCUGCCCUUUGUGUGCCUCGCGGCCGCGAGCGGGACACAGGCAGGGGCGCCGCGGGCAGAGCGUGCCGCGCAGCGAUGUUCACCGUUAACGUCUCGUCGUCCAUGUCCUACAGGGGACAGCUGGUCACGUCCCCCUGCAGACAGCAGCGAGGCUGCAGGAGCAAAUGUGGCCAGAGGUAUGGUGCUGGGAUGCUGCUCUGCCUGAUCCGAGGCAGCUGCAGGACAGGGAGAGGAGCAGCUCGGAGAGCCGGGAGGAUCCCCGGCAGAGGCAGGCUGAGAGGGGCUGUGCUGGGGCAGUGCUGGGGCUGUCUGGAAAGCUCUGGCUCUCCAGAUUUUUAGAUCCCUUCCUAAGCUCCCUGCAUUUCUGGGUAGCUCAAGGGCAGAGGUGCCCUGUGCUCGUGGGCAGACAGGUACGCUGGUUCCCCAUCGCUGCUGCUGGGUCCUGCCAGCACGGGACUGGGGUGAGGAGGCACCCACGCAGGGGAGUAGAAGAAUUUGGGGAGAGGUUGUUGGAGCAUGGGUGGGAAGAAGGCAGCGGUGAAGCUUAUUCCCCUGACACAGCCUUUCCCAGAGCAGCCCCAAGGGUGUGUGUCCGACUGUGCCACUUCAGGGAUGGCAGGACAGAGGGACUCCCCAGCUCCCAGCGCCACAAGCUGGGUUCAGAGCCACGGCCACUGCCGGACAGGCUGCCUCUUGCGCUGCGAGAGCUGCCCAGCCUGGGGGCUGGGAGCGAGGCUGGGACGUAUACAGGGACGGUGUCCUCAGCAGGGCUGUCCCCACGUUGUAGGCAACGAGCCUGGCUGGGCCAGGCCCCCAGAGCUGCCUGCCCGCGAAGGAUUCAGCCCUGCUGUGAGCGUGCAGGGGGAGAUGGGCAGGCUGCAGCCCUUCCUUCAGUAUCAUUGAGCCCAGCUGGCAGAUUAGGCCUGGCAAUUUACCCUCCCAGCGCUUCUUCCAGCUCCCCUCGGCCACGCUGCCCCUGGGCCUGGGCAAAAAGGGCACAAGCCCAGCAAGGAAGACCUUCCUGCAAGGCAUCUUGCACUUCAUUCAGUCCAUCUCCUGCUACUCUUGCUCCUUAUAAGGUCACUGUCUGUAACUGUCUAAAUGACAUUCAGCCCAUCAGGACUCCCUCAAGGGGAGAGCAGGCAGGAGAGAGCAGGCAGGAGACUUUUCCCAAGGUCCUGGCAUGUGUCCCCGGAUGUAAAUUCUGCUGUCCGCAUCAGCGAAAGCAUUAAAGUCUCCCCCAGUCCACCCAGGUGAAGGCAGUGAUGCUCAAGUCUGUCCUGUGGGGCUCAAAAUUUUGUUUUCUUGCAAUAGCUGCCUGGAAGCACAGGCAAUAGUUACCCAGCUACAGGCUUCCUUGUUGUCUGUUGAGGAAAACAACUUUAUUCCCCUGGGUGCCUUCCCAUGGGCACCAGGAGGGCUGCCCAGCUCCUUCGCGUGCUGUCACACACAGCCGAGGCCGUGAGCGGGGACCAGUCACCCCCCGCUCGCCCAGGCUCCUCUUUGUGCAGUGCUGCCGAUAUUUUAGGAUCCGCCAAGGGUGCCCUCGACCAGUGCUGAGCCUGAGGCUCUGGCUUCAUUCCUAGCACGUCCCCAAUAGCUCCAUCUUCUCCCUGGCUAACUUUAGAUUGAUGAGGUUGCUGAGUGCCCUGGCAAAUAGUCAUUCCUUGCGGUACCUGCUGGACUGGCGGUGCUCAGCCCUCUCUCAGCCGGUCACUGCAGCUGACGCACUGACAGCGCGUGACGUCGCGUCUUCUGAGGGUCGUCGCUGGCCCGUGCGUUUUUGCCAGGGCAUGCUACCUGACCGGCAUCCUUGUUAUUCCUGCUUAUUGGAAUACGGUGCUUGAGCUGGGGAGCUGGUGUAGUUCCUAUUAGACUUGGUGUAGCUGAGAAUCGACCCUGGAUUUUUGUGAUGCCGGGCAGUCUUUCUGCCUUUGCCUGCCUAUUGUUUGAGCUGGAAGAGAAUUAAGUCAUCAUCAAAAAAUUCAGAACUUGUCGUGCGUUGCUAUUAAGCCAGGCAGGGCCUGCGCUGUGUCCAGCCACGUGAUUUAUUUCCGAUGCGGUCCGUGACAGGGCCGGAGGGGACGGCAGAGGAGCCCGCCCGCUUUCCUGCCGGGUCUGCGGCCGAGGCGUUGGUGCGCUGCGCCGGUGGGACGGGGACGUAAUUCAUUGGCACGGCCGCACCGUCCCCAACGUCCCGAUCCUGCCGGGGGCUAUCCGAAACUUGCUUAAAA